AUGUCGAUACACAGUUCUCUCCGCGUUUUAAACAUUAAUGUAUGCUGUUAUGAUUAAACAAACAAUCAAUCUUAAACAUUUUGAUUAAAAUGAAGGUAACAUUUCCCGGGGAACUGCUAUUAAAUUUCCAGCAGAAUAGAAUGGAGUUUGUUUUUACCCUUUUUUUACUUUAUGUAACCAAAAUAACUCAUUUGUGCACCACAUCUAUGCUUUAAUCUUCUUAAGUGAUGCAUAAUAACAGAAUCUAUGUGAUUCAUCAUCUUAUCCAUCACUCAUGCAGAUUACGGCAGACCUGCCCACCUAUAUUUGUUGAAAUUUACCGAAACAAAUGCCUACGACAAUAUGACUCAUGCCGAUGAUAUGUAUUUUUCCUUCUUUUUCUUUCUUAUGUUUAUACUUUCAGAGUUUAAAUGAAAAGGUAUGUCCACGUCAGGGUCUCAGAGCGCUCAUUUUUGGCGCAUCAUUAUUCUCUGAAACGCUGAUCGGUGAUUGCCUAAAAGAAGGGGUUUCGUUCUUUUUUCCCAUGAGGGGAGCCUCCAUGUCUUCGACCUUCUUGCAUCGUGUUGGGCCAAAAUGCAAGUGACAAUUUUUGUUCGGAAGAAAUAGAAACCUUGGUUUUCAUUGUCGAUUUAGUCGAAUUUUGAGGACAAACUGAAGUGACCCAUCAUAAUUAUGUUUCUUCCUUCUUUUAUCGUGUUUAUUUUUCAAGAGACUCUUCCUGAAAAACGUGAAGAAACGCAUUGCUUUCAAACAUAUCAUCACAUUCGUAUACCAACAAACUCAUAACUUACAAAUCAAAUUAAAAAAAAUAGAGUAAUACUGCACAAAUCGUCGACUGAAAGCGCGGCCGCAACGAAUAACAGCUCGAGGGAACACACGUCAUCGCAACAAAACAGAUUUGGCAGAGCAGUCAGGAGUUAAUUGAAUAAAGCCGGGAGGCGAAUAAUUUUCUUUUUCUUUUCUUUUCUUUCUUUUUCUGAAAACACGUUUUUUGAAAAAUCAAGAAUCAUAAACUGUGCUAACAACCGACCGGUGUGAAGCCCGAAAAGUGUCCUCCGACGAAAGCUGCUGGCUUGCCAAACAUCGGACCCAAUCGUACUAUUGUCCUAUAUGCACUUACCACCUACACUGAAGGAAUAUUUGAUUAUUUCACCUGGUGUUUGUAUUUCUUUUGUGUUUUUCAUACUUUCAGCCAUCUCUCUGUGUGUGUCUUCUCUCUCCCAUCUUGUUCGGGUGCGUGAUGAAGAGACCUACCGGGGUUGUCUGUUACAAUCAAAGUUGAAAUCUUUUGAUUAAAUCUUCCAGAAAGAUACUCAUAAUAUCAAGAACACAUCUUACAACACUCCACCCAUGGAUCUAGAGAAGCUUGGAUGCGAUACAGAGUACCACCGGCCCGUUGCCAAAUCAGUCGUCGAUUUUUCUCUCUUUAUCUCUUUAUCUAUUUUUAUCUCUCUUUGUGUCUGUUUUGUUCUCUAUUUUUUUUCUCUAUUUCUCCACCAUUCUGAACAACAUGCUCAUUUGUGUCAUCACAUCCAUGAGCAUUUACCAAAAACCAUGCCCAUGAGAGCCCACGUUAUCAACCGUUCCAAUUCAUCCCUUAGUGAUUGAUCGCAAUGAAGCAUGAGAUUCACUAUCUGGGCAUGAGUCGAUCAACAAUAACCGCUCUCUAUCCCCGCUCAUCUAUCACCAUUCAUCGCAAAUCAAAAAAAUAAAUAAAGAAAAAAACACGCAAACUCUCAAUUAAUCCAUAUUAUUUUUCUAUUUAUUUUUUAUUUAUUUUCAGGAUCUCUAUUUCUCUCGCAUAUUUUUCUGUUUCCGUUUUCGUUCUUUUUAACAUCUCUUGAAAAUACUGCCCCUGAUAAAAUGACACGAAUCAUUGGUUGUUCCCUGCCUCUUCUUCGAGAUCAUUUCCAACUGAACAUUAACCUACUACUACUACUACACAACCACAAUCCUACUGUUGCGAAGUGUGAAAUGAACUCAUAAUCUAUUGAUGAUGGGGGAACACGAAGAAAAGAGGUAAAAGUACUACCCUAUAUUGCACAACCGGUGUAUGACAUCCGUCAGACGGGUGAUGUGGUCUUCGGGCCAGGAACAAGAUCCGCCCUUCUCGGCAUCUUGGGAGGAGCCCUUCCACGUUUGACCACCGAGCAGCAUGAACUGGUCACCCGCGCCAAAAAGUACGCUAUGGAACAAAGCAUUAAGAUGGUGCUGAUGAAGCAGACUCUUGCCCACCAACAGCAGCAACUGGCCAGCCAGCGGACCCAGGUUCAACGUCAACAGGCGUUGGCCCUCAUGUGCAGAGUCUAUGUCGGUAGUAUUUCGUUCGAGUUGAAGGAGGACACGAUCCGAGCUGCUUUCUUGCCGUUUGGUCCGAUCAAGUCGAUCAACAUGUCCUGGGAUCCGAUUACUCAAAAACACAAGGGCUUCGCUUUCGUUGAGUAUGAAAUUCCCGAAGGAGCGCAACUUGCUCUCGAACAGAUGAAUGGAGCUAUGCUCGGUGGCCGUAACAUUAAGGUUGGUCGCCCAAGCAAUAUGCCACAGGCUCAGCAGGUGAUUGACGAAAUCCAAGAGGAAGCGAAAAAUUACAAUCGCAUCUACAUUGCGUCGAUUCAUCCGGAUUUGACGGAAGAGGAUAUCAAGAGUGUAUUCGAAGCAUUUGGGCCUAUAAUGACGUGUAAGAUGUCGCAGGGUAGCGCUGCUCAUACCCACAAAGGAUACGCGUUCAUUGAGUACCAGACGAAUCAGUCGGCGAUUGAAGCUAUCGCCAGUAUGAAUCUUUUUGAUUUGGGUGGACAACUAUUAAGAGUUGGUCGUUCCAUUACUCCACCGAAUGCAUUAAUGGGCCCGGCAGCUAAUUCGGCGAUGCCAACAGCAGCUGCCGCCGCUGCUGCUGCUGCAGCAGCUGCUGCCACAGCUAAAAUACAAGCUAUGGACGCUGUUGCAACCAACACCGUGCUAGGCCUAUCGGCAUCAUCACCACCUCUUAUAGUUGGUCUUGGUGCUCUUCCCAUACCCCAAACCAUCACUUCGGCUGCCAAUGUCAAUCUGGUAGCGCAAGCUCAGCUUGCGGCCGCCGGUCAAGCGGCUGUAAUUUCGCAGCCUGGAUUGCUCGUUCCACCGGUAACUAAUGUUGCUAGCUUGGCCCCGUCUUUACUGGUCAAUCCGGUUUUGGCCAAUGCGGUUAAGCCACUGCAAUCAGUAUUAAGCGCAGCGAACCCGGCUGCGGUUGCUGCAGCUGCUGCUAUUCCAAAUGCAACGGCAGAAGAAAUAUUCAAAAAAGCCCAAGAAAAGCAACAGGAAGAAUUACAAAAGAAACUCCUGGAAGAAGGAGAACCACAGACGCUGCAGCAACAAGAAACAAUGUCCAUCAAAGGACAAAGCGCACGUCAUUUGGUUAUGCAAAGGCUCAUGCGACCACGCGAGAGCAAGGUGAUUAUUCUGCGCAACAUGGUUGGCCCAGAGGACGUGGACGAAACGCUGCAGGAUGAGAUUCAGGAUGAGUGUGGUAAAUACGGUAUUGUGGAGCGGGUCAUUAUCUACAAGGAGCGCCAGUCCGAAGGCGAUUACGCCGAGGACGACAAUACGGAUGUGAUCGUUAAGAUCUUUGUCGAGUUCUCUCAGGCCGCCGAAGCAGAUAAAGCCCGCGAAGCACUCCAUGGUCGCUAUUUCGGUGGCCGUCUGGUCAAGGCCGAAUCCUACGACCAAGCGCUCUUUGACCAUGGUGACCUGUCUAGUUAGGAAAACAAAAAAAAAAUCGACAAAGAGCGUGGCCACACUCUAAUCCACCAUUGAAUCCCCGAAUGCGAAGCGUUUCGUGUAGUAUGACAAAGCAAACUUAUUUCGAAUGAAAGUAGCUAUCACCCCAGCGCCAGUCAGGACUAAGAAUAAAGUGUAUGAUCUAUUUUAUGAUUCACUAUUUACUCGUUGCGAGAGCAUGAAAAGAGCAAGCCACAAAUACAUCUUGGAAAAUUUACACCUAAGGACACAGACACACACAUGUUGGGACACAAAGGAACAACAUGAACACGAUUAUGAUUUUCAAAGAAGGAAACAAUUUAUUAAUCCUACUAAUAUAAUUGUAUAUAUAUACAAUUACGCUUCUCUUCAGAAACAAAUAAAUUACUCUAUUAUUUUAAAAACU